CACAACAGCACAAUUCUGAUAAAUUGUAACGAGGCUGAUGCCUCCCCUGAGUAUAUAUAAACAUCACGAGUCAUCAUCUUCUCAGUUCUCAAAAGGUUCUCUACUUCAACGAUAUGACUUCUUUAUUCCAGUUAACCGGCAAGAUUCUACUGGCGCUGUGUUGCGUCAGAACAGCAACCGUUUUUGCGGGAUUGUUACCAGAGGCUGAUAGCAACGGUUACCAAUACAACAGGCCAAUAACAACAACUGGCGGGGGAGCAUUUGCUGGUCUUGGUGCUAUUGUCGAUCCCUCUAAUAGACGAUCUGGAUACACUAGAGAUAGUUCAUCUGGACGAUUGCCGUUGGGAUUGAACCCUUUGACAAGUCCAGGAUUCGGUGGGAGUGGGAGUGGUAGUGGUAGUGGUAGUGGUAGUGGUAGUGGUAGUGUAGUUGGUGGUGGUAGUGUUAAUGCAUUUGACUUUGGGGGCAGAACAACAAAUACCUACAGUGCACCUGGAUUUGCAAACGAUUUUGCUAGAGGUAUCGGUUACAAUCCAAGGCCGACUAAUACGUACAAUCUUCCUAAUGGAUACAAUUCCAUUGGAAACUAUCAGGGGGACGGAGGCAUUGCUCCUGGUUACAACGGAAUCAAUGAUCCUUAUCGUAAUCGCUACGAUCUAGACGACAACCGACCUCGACCCUACAGCUUUCAAUACCAAGUGUUUGAUCCACCGAGUGGUAACGAUUACGGGCAGCAGGAGUCUAGCGAUGGAAAUGUUGUCCAAGGAGAAUAUCGAGUUCUUUUACCAGACUCGAGGACACAAAUCGUUAAAUAUACGGCCGACAAUGUCAACGGAUACAACGCAAACGUACAAUACGAGGGUCAAGCACAGUAUCCCAACACUAUAACUGCUAACUCUCCCACUUCAGUGGGCUAUCAAUUUCCGGGUUCAGCUUCUGAGGGUCCUUAUCAGCCAUCCGGUUUUCCUGGUCUUAUUCCCUAUCAAGGUAAAAUAGGUGGCGUUGGUGGUAUUAGUGGUGUUGGUGGCUACAGCAGGCCCAAUGGAGACAGAUUUACUGGUGCAAAUAACAACAUCUUUGGUAACAGUCGCGGUGUUGCCGUAAGUACUGGCCCUGGAAAUCAAUACUUACCUCCAACCGGUGGAUAUGGCAAAUGAUCAUCUCAACCAAUACAACUUUCGUCGAACCCCACAAUUUUAUGGUAACGAAAAAAAAAUAAAAUUUUUUUUUCUAUUCUUUUAAAAAUGAUUUUCAACUGGCACUCAAUCCAGCAUUAUACCAAUGGUUGGUUGGCUACCGCAAAGAUAAGCUCCGCAAAAUGUUGAUCGUGAUACUACUGCCGCUUUUUUUUCUCACUGACAUAAAAAACGUUCUUCCGCAUUAAAUCUAGAGCAUUAUUUUUUACAUGUGAUUAUAAACAUAUCCUACAUCCACAACAUGUACACUUUAAUAUGUAUAAAUAUUAAUUCAGAGUGCUACUAUAUCCAACUCUUACUCGUUAUAACUAAACAAUUUAUAAUUGUAUGCAAUGUAUACACUUUCCCAUUGUUAAUAUAUUUGCACACUGCUAUCUAUGUGAUAUAAAUGAUAAUCAAAUAUACAAAUAUAUUAAA